AUGACGCUCUUUAGCAACCCUCAAGACUCCGACAUAGUCUUGCAGCUACGCGAGGAUAAGAUCUACGCACAUCGAGUUGUGCUGCGAUUGUGGUCACCCUUCUUCAACAAGGCGUUAAUGUCAAACUUCGCGGUGAGUCCACUAAAGCAUCUCUACGAUAACAUCGCUGACUUUGUGACAAAGGUAGCUACGAACCCUGUUUUUGAGCUAGACGAUCAAGAUGACGACCUUGAAGCCAUCAUUGCCGUGGUCAAGCACAUGUAUGGCAUGAAGUAUAAUGAGCACGCACAAAACACCGUACAUCCUCAAAAAGUUGGAGUCUGGAGGCAUAGUCCUGUACUGAGAAGCGAUCUUGCAGUUUACACCAUGGCAGAUAAGUAUGACUGCCGUGCUGUUCGUCGAGCUGCCCUUGAAUCUUUCAAAGCCACCCUGCAUCGAAUCAAGAGCCAGCCAUUCCUCAUUCACUAUUACCUUCCUAUCAUUGCAUAUGUCUGCGGAUCCGAGGCACCUCGGCUUGCGGAUCAGUCUCUGUACAACGCUAUAAUCGAAUUCUUCUUCAACGAACAUGUUGAGCUCAAAAGGUGGAGGGGGUACAGGGAUGCCAUUCGUCGCGACGAUGUGUUCGAUGCUCACUGCACCAGGAAAUUGAUGGACGCCGAGCUGAUUGAGAGCAUGCGUUUGAGCCUUGACGAUGUUGAUUAG